AUUCCGUUCACUCACACCCCGACCGUCUCACGGCCGCACGUUGAACGUUCACAUCAGGAGCGACGCAACAGAGUUAUCAUUAGUGCUUUAGUAAUUGUGUGUCAUGUGAUAGUGUUGUGUUUAAAAUGGAAUCGACGCCGAUCUGUCGGUGCCGUGUAUUGUAUCUGGGAUCCGCGGUGCCUCAGCAGAGCAAGGACGGUCUACAGGGCAUACAAGAGCCCUUGCGAGAACUGUAUCCGGAAAAGGGGGCGACCAGUGGUGGAAUUGAUUCUUGGCUUUCCGUAUGGUCAAACGGAAUUUUGCUAGAGAAUGUCGACGAAAGCGGCUCCAGAGUAUCAAGGUUCUUCCCAAUAUCUAGUUUGCAUUAUUGCGCGGCCGUAAGACGUGUAAGUGUUGAGGGGCAACCUAGAUUUUUACCUUUAGAUUCACCUUUUGCUAGGGCGCCGGCUCCGAGGCGUCCGCCUUUAUUUGCUGCUGUGCUCCGUCGCACACAGGGUAUAAAAGUAUUAGAAUGUCAUGCAUUUAUUUGUCGUCGAGAAGCGGCUGCAAAUGCACUCGUCAGAUGCUGCUUUCAUGCUUACGCUGAUAGCUCCUAUGCAAAACGAUUAGAAGCCGAGCGUUCCCCGUCCCAAUUGCCACCAGAGGCCGAUGAGGAGUUGGAAGUAUACGAUGGUGACGAAAAUCAUAAAGUUUGGGUUGGCGAAGUCGAGCGUGAUGACGCAAGCGACGAAAUGCCUCAUCCGACACGGGCACCGCGACCGCGUCAAAUUACAAGACCGGCCUCGGUGCCACCUCCGCCCCCUCCGCCAGAGGAGCCCAAAAAGAAAUCCACCUCCAAGAAGUCUAAGAAGAAAUCAGCGGCGUCCGUUGAUGAGUUAUACGCUACGAUGCCAGGUCCGGCACCUGUCAUGAAUGGUAGGUCCUUGGGGAGGGCUCCUCCGGCCUGGGCGGCUGCCGGCCAUCCUGGCCAUCCCGGCCAUCCAGGUCACCCUGGCCAUCCUGGGCAUAUGGUAUUGGUGGCGCACCCCGCAGCCACACUGCCUCAUGUUCGACACGCAACCAUGGGUCACAGGGGUCGGGUCCCAGCUGCUCUAGGACCAUUCCCUCCCGUGCCCCCGCCUGGAAGAGGUCGCAUACAAUACGCUACAGUGGACCCGCGACGCUCGAAGCCUCCGCCCUCGGCUAUGAAGGCGGCGCAAAGUAUGAACGGCCUGGAAGCUGUCGAGGAUUCCGGCGGUAUAUAUAGAAAGAAAGGACAUUUAAACGAAAGGGCCUUCUCUUAUAGCAUACGACAGGAACACAGAAGUCGUUCCCAUGGAUCUCUCGCCAAUCUGAAAUUCGCUGCUCCACCCGAGGUGGAGUCAGGUCGUGAAGAAUUGAAAAAGGAGCGCGAGAUCAUGCAGCUAGUGGCAGGUCUUCAGCUCAACAGUGAUGACGUGGAGCGAAGGGAGGUGCCGCCGCAUGUGAUGCGAUCCAAACAUGCUCCCAGAUAACAUAGCGCCACAGCAGUGCCAUCUAAGAACGGGGACAAUCAUCUUAAAAAGCAGCUGUUCCGAGCUUACAGAUAAAAGAAAUGAGAUAUUAAUCGAUAUCUAUUUGUAUCGAUUCUUUAUCGAUUUGUCGCGAUCUUUAACAUUAAAUCGAUAAUUUGUAAGAAACUCGUGACUGAAUUGCUGGCGACUCGCUCUAUAUUUUUUAAACAAAUAACAUGUAUCGUGAGCUAUACAGCUAAUAAAAAAAAACUAACGAAAUAUAAUGAAACUAUACAUUUUCAAUAAACUAUGAAAAUCGUCGAACGUUGAAUAUAAUUUUUUUCUAGUUUUUCACUAUUUCUCUACACGUUUAUAAUGGUAUUUACGAAACACGCAAUAAUUCUAUUUCAUAUCUGUUGGCGCGUUUCUCUUCAUUCAACUUCUAGUAUUGUAUUGUAAUUGUUAUAGCUUGAACCGAUUGAAUGAUACUAUUAUCGUAUUCCUCGAAUUAUCGUCUUAAAUAAAAUACGAAAUUUCAGUAGUAUUUUUCACAGCGGAAAACCUUAAAUCCAACGUCGAGGUGGACAGUGUAAAUUCGUACUAAGGAUACUAAGUGUUUACAAUAGGCAUUGUUAACGGCAGCUGUCAAAUCUAUCUGCUUAUAUAGAAUAUAAAUGACCAAACAUUUACCAAGUGUUCCACAGGUUAAAACUAAGAAACCGUACGUUAAUGAUAUUGAAAUUAACAAUGAGGGAAAAAUCUCUGACAACUACAAUAUCUGUAUUGUGUGAAAAAAAUUUUUUUUUUUUAUAUACUUCCGUAGUAUAGCUCAUGUUAACCGCCUGGCCCUUAGUUAAUUCGCGUUCUCAGGCCAAAGACACAUUCAUCCAAAACUUAGGUGUACUCCACGCUUACGACAAUCAUUUACUACAACAACGUCAGAUAAUUACUAAGGAAGAAUAUAAUUCCAUAAAAUUUUAUUUAGAUCGUCCGUUUAAGAAUCUCAUCGACAAAAUAUCUGACGUGUGCGUUGAUACUUAUUCGGAUAUAUUUUUAUCACAUUUAUAUUAAAAUAUAUAUAUGUAUAAAUUAGUCAAAUUUCGUAAAAUACGUACCUAUAUAACAUGAAGUACAUAAUAUAACCUCAGCUAGUAAAUAAGGGUUUGUACAUUAGAAUAUUGUACAAAUGUAAGUAGUUUUAAGAAAUAUUAAGGUAUUAAGUAAUAUCAAUGCUUUCUAUAGAGUCGGUGUAACUUAUUUCAGGAGGUACAUUAAAGGUUACCUAGUAUUAAGGCUGGUUGAAAAUGAUUCGUGAGUCUAUCAUGCGUCCCAAAUAAGAUUCAGCUUGCGAAUAACUCGUCAAGUGUAUUAAUUUAAAUACAUUAUCAGUAAUAUUAUUAUAAUUUUUUUUUAUAUAAAAUCAAUGGUUUUGCUAUAACAAAACCCUUUUACUAAAUACCAACAAAAUAUUAUUUUUUUUAAUUAGUAAUAAUAGAAUAAUAUUCGCACAAUUGUCCAUAACAAUAAAUGUACAUGUAAUUUAUAUAAUCAGUUGUUGUAUUGUAAUUUCUAUUUUAUAUUUGAUAUGUAUUAGGUCUAUUAUUGUGUAUAGAUCACGUAAUAAAUAUUUUAGGCUAUGAGUGCCAUUAACGUUAUCUUUUUACAUUGAUAAUAAUAAACAACGAAUUAUUAUAGUUGUUUGUAAGAAAAAAAAAAUAUUAAUUGUCUGUAAAUAGGUUUAUUCGCAUUAUUUAAAUAAAGCAAUAAGCUUGUAAUACAUAAUUCCAUUCAUUAUAUGAUAUAUUUUUUUAUACUAUUUUAAAAUAUAGCCUGUAAUUUUACAAUUUUA